AUGAAGGACUGCGAGUACCAGCAGAUCAGCCCCGGGGCCGCCCCGCCGCCCGCCUCCCCCGGGGCGCGUCGCCCCGGCCCCGCCGCGCCCCCCGCCCCGAGCCCCGGGCCCGCGCCCGGAGCACCGCGCUGGAGCGGCAGCGGCAGCGGCAGCGGCAGCGGGAGCCUGGGCCGCCGGCCGCGGCGUAAGUGGGAGGUGUUCCCGGGCCGCAACCGCUUCUACUGCGGCGGCCGCCUCAUGCUGGCCGGCCACGGCGGCGUCUUCGCGCUCACGCUGCUGCUCAUCCUCAGCACCACCGUCCUCUUCUUCUUCUUCGACUGCCCCUACCUGGCCCGCGAGCUGACCCUGGCCAUCCCCAUCAUCGCUGCCAUCCUCUUCUUCUUCGUCAUGAGCUGCCUCCUGCAGACCAGCUUCACUGACCCUGGCAUCCUACCCCGGGCGACCAUCUGUGAAGCAGCCGCCCUGGAGAAGCAGAUUGACAACACAGGCAGCUCCACAUACCGACCGCCCCCUCGGACCCGGGAGGUGAUGAUCAACGGGCAGAUGGUGAAGCUGAAGUAUUGCUUCACCUGUAAGAUGUUUCGGCCACCCAGGACCUCACACUGCAGUGUCUGCGACAACUGUGUGGAACGGUUUGACCAUCACUGCCCCUGGGUGGGCAACUGUGUUGGGAGACGGAACUACCGCUUCUUUUAUGCGUUUAUCCUCUCCCUCUCCUUCCUGACGGCCUUCAUCUUCGCCUGCGUGGUCACCCACCUGACUCUGCGUUCUCGAGAAAGCAACUUCCUGUCCACUCUGAAAGAGACACCAGCAAGUGUGCUGGAGUUGGUCAUCUGCUUCUUCUCGAUCUGGUCCAUCCUGGGCCUCUCAGGGUUCCACACUUACCUCGUCGCCUCCAACCUGACGACGAACGAAGAUAUCAAAGGGUCUUGGUCCAGCAAGAGGGGCGGUGAGGCGUCUGUCAACCCCUACAGCCAUAAAAGUAUUAUCACCAACUGCUGUGCUGUGCUCUGUGGCCCUCUACCUCCCAGCCUGAUUGACCGGCGGGGAUUCGUGCAGUCUGACGCUGUGUUGCCCUCGCCCAUCAGAAGUGACGAGCCACCCUGUGGGGCCAAGCCAGACGCCAGCAUGGUAGGAGGCCACCCCUGAAUGUGACUCAGUGCUUGCCACCUGCUGCCCUCUACGCCUGCCGGGACCCUCCCCAUACCAUCCGAGGGAAGCAGAGCUGCCAAAGACUCCAGUCUUCGUAUUUAUUUCCCAUCCUGCGUGGCUUUCUCUGAACUGUCCCAUAGCUGGGCCCUCUGCUCCCCAAACCCAGGUUCCCACAGUUCGGACCCUAGGUUCCUGAGCUGAUCAGUGGGAGGAGAGGAGAGCCACAGCC